UCCACCGCAUUUGCUGCUUCUAUGCGCAGUCGACGCGGCCCUCCCGUACACCAUACUAAACGCGGCGGACGAAAUGCACGAGUUUCUGUUAUCGGUGGAAUAGUGAAGUGAUUAUUUAGUGAUCGUUGCAUGUGUCUGUGUUUGUGAUAUGAUUAGGAGCACCACUGACUGAACGAGCCACCGUCCAUAGCGGAUCUUAACGAUCGGGUCGGUGUCCACAUGCCGUCGUCAUCAUGGUGAUCGUUACUAGGGGCGAUUACAUAUGGAUCGAACCGGUGUCAGGGCGCGAAUUCGAUGUGGCCAUCGGAGCGCGCGUACUCGCUGCAGAGGGUCGUAGAAUCAGGGUCCGCGACGACGACGGUCAGGAACAAUGGCUACCACCGGAGAGGCGAAUCAAAGCCAUGCACGCCACCUCUGUGCAUGGCGUCGAGGACAUGAUCUCGUUGGGAGACCUACACGAGGCUGGCAUAUUGAGGAAUCUCCUUAUUAGAUACAACGAGAAUCUCAUCUAUACAUACACUGGUUCAAUAUUAGUGGCCGUGAAUCCAUACCAGAUACUGCCAAUUUAUACAGCAGACCAGAUCAAAUUAUAUAAAGAGCGAAAGAUCGGCGAAUUGCCACCUCACAUAUUCGCAAUAGGAGAUAAUGCGUACGCGCAUAUGCGGCGAUACAGUCAGGACCAGUGCAUCGUAAUCAGUGGAGAAUCAGGAGCAGGGAAAACGGAAUCCACAAAGCUAAUUCUGCAGUAUUUGGCAGCCAUCAGUGGGAAACAUUCGUGGAUAGAACAACAGAUCUUAGAAGCCAAUCCAAUCUUGGAAGCUUUUGGUAAUGCCAAAACUGUACGGAACGACAACUCUUCGCGGUUUGGCAAAUAUAUAGACAUACAUUUCAACAAUAAUGGUGUUAUAGAAGGCGCUAAAAUUGAGCAGUAUUUAUUAGAGAAGUCUAGAAUAGUCUCUCAAGGUACACAGGAGAGAAACUAUCAUGUUUUCUAUUGUCUACUCGCCGGUCUAUCAAAAGAAGAAAAAAAGAAAUUGGAACUAGGAACUCCAUCAGAAUAUAGAUAUUUGACUGCGGGUGACACUUUUACAUGCGACGGCAGAGACGAUGCUGCUGAAUUUGCUGACAUCCGGUCAGCAAUGAAAGUAUUAUUAUUUACUGAACCUGAAAUAUGGGAGAUUUUAAAGUUGCUAGCCGCUGUCCUCCAUUGUGGAAAUAUUAAAUAUGAGGCGACAGUCGUAGACAAUCUAGAUGCAACUGAAAUAAUAGAGCAGGCUAAUGUGAGACGAGUAGCCACUCUAUUAGGUGUACCGAUGCAAUCGUUAAUUGAUGCGCUAACAAGAAAGACAUUGUUCGCACAUGGUGAAACUGUUGUGUCUACUCUAAGUAGAGAUCAGUCUGUAGACAUUCGUGAUGCAUUUGUAAAGGGAAUUUAUGGACGCUUGUUCGUCACAAUUGUAAAGAAAAUUAAUGCUGCAAUAUAUAAACCUAAAUCUACUACGCGUACAGCCAUUGGCGUUUUGGAUAUUUUCGGCUUUGAAAACUUUGAUCACAAUAGCUUCGAACAAUUUUGUAUUAAUUUUGCUAAUGAAAACCUUCAGCAGUUUUUUGUUAGACAUAUUUUCAAACUGGAACAGGAAGAAUAUAAUCACGAGGGAAUUAAUUGGCAACAUAUAGAGUUCGUCGAUAAUCAAGAUGCGUUAGAUUUAAUUGCGCUAAAACAAUUAAAUAUUAUGGCUUUAAUAGACGAGGAAUCUAAAUUUCCAAAAGGCACUGAUCAAACAAUGUUAGCCAAACUACACAAGACACACGGUCUUCAUAGAAACUAUCUCAAACCAAAAUCAGACAUUAAUACUAGCUUCGGCCUCAAUCAUUUUGCUGGAAUCGUAUUUUAUGAUACACGAGGUUUUCUAGAAAAGAAUAGAGAUACAUUUAGUGCCGACUUGCUACAACUAAUCCAUAUAUCAACGAAUAAAUUCUUACAACACAUAUUUCAAGAUGAUAUUGCAAUGGGAUCUGAAACACGGAAACGUACACCAACACUUUCGACACAAUUUAAAAAGUCUCUAGAUUUACUGAUGAGAACAUUAGGCACAUGUCAGCCCUUCUUUAUUCGAUGUAUAAAACCAAACGAGUUUAAAAAACCCAUGAUGUUUGAUCGUGGACUUUGUUGUAGGCAACUUAGGUAUUCUGGUAUGAUGGAAACUAUUAGAAUCCGAAGAGCCGGCUAUCCAAUCCGUCACAGUUUUAAAGAAUUUGUCGAAAGGUAUCGAUUUUUGAUAUCGGGUGUUCCGCCAGCACACAAGACUGAUUGUCGAGCAGCUACUUCAAAGAUAUGUGCGAAUGUUCUGGGAAAGUCUGAUUAUCAAUUGGGUCAUACUAAAGUAUUUUUGAAGGAUGCUCACGAUUUAUUCCUUGAACAAGAAAGAGACAGAGUGUUGACUAGAAAGAUAUUGAUUUUGCAAAGAUCUAUACGAGGUUGGGUUUAUAGAAGACGAUUUUUGAAAAUGAGAGCAGCCGCUGUCUUAAUUCAGCGUCACUGGCGAGGGAAAUUACAAAGGAUUAGAUACAACAGAAUGAAAGUGGGAUAUGCAAGAUUACAAGCACUGAUACGAGCAAGAGUGCUCGCUCAUCGAUUCCGUCAUUUGCGAGGACAUAUAGUUUCCUUACAAGCGGCUGCACGUGGAUAUCUCGUCCGUCGUUCAUAUGGACACAAGAUGUGGGCAAUCGUUAAGAUUCAGAGCCAUGUGAGACGUUUGAUCGCAAUGCGGCGUUACCGGCGAAUGAAGCAGGAUGCAAUAGCGCACACGGAAGCACUACGCUUGCGCCGACAGGAAGAGCAGCGGCUACAGCACCAGGGCAAUUCACGUGCCAAAGAAAUUGCUGAACAAAAUUACAGGGAACGUAUGUACGAACUAGAACGGCGGGAGGCCGAGCUAAUAUUAGAAGAAAAGCGUCAACUAGAAGUUAAGAGAACAUUGCUACAAGAAGCUGCUCGGAAACAGGAAGAGCCUGUGGAUGACAGCAAAUUGGUGGAGGCUAUGUUUGAUUUCCUACCCGACUCAAGUAGUGAGGCACCGGCACCUAAAGAUACAUCCGUGUUUAGCGAUUUGCCGCAGCCAAGAGCUGACCAGCAAGAGAUGGUAACUCCUAUGCAAACAACAUCGGAGGACGAGGAAGAUCUGUCAGAAUUCAAAUUCCAAAAGUUUGCGGCCACAUAUUUUCAAGGAAAUGUCACUCAUCAGUACUCCAAGAAGCCCCUAAAACACCCGUUGCUGCCAUUACAUACCCAAGGCGAUCAAUUGGCUGCACAAGCACUAUGGAUCACUAUACUACGCUUCACUGGAGAUUUGCCAGAACCAAGAUUUCAUACUAUGGAACGAGACAAUACCUCUGUGAUGUCAAAGGUCACUGCGACACUUGGAAGAAAUUUCAUCAGAUCCAAAGAAUUUCAAGAGGCACAGUUGAUGGGAGUAGAUCCGGAUGCCUAUUUGAAUAAACAAAAACCGAGGUCAAUAAGACAUAAGCUCGUGUCACUAACGUUGAAAAGGAAAAAUAAACUCGGUGAAGAUGUUCGAAGGAAGCUACAGGAUGAAGAGUAUACUGCUGAUAGCUACCAAUCAUGGUUAGAAUCAAGACCUACUUCUAAUUUGGAGAAACUACAUUUUAUUAUUGGACACGGAAUUCUCCGGGCUGAAUUAAGAGAUGAAAUAUAUUGCCAAAUAUGUAAACAAUUGUCUUCUAAUCCUUCUAAAUCAUCUCAUGCUAGAGGAUGGAUUUUACUCUCGUUAUGUGUCGGGUGUUUUGCGCCUAGUGAAAAAUUUGUAAAUUAUCUUAGAGCUUUCAUACGAGAAGGUCCACCUGGUUAUGCGCCAUACUGUGAGGACCGUUUAAAAAGAACUUUUAAUAAUGGAACUAGAAACCAGCCGCCAUCUUGGUUAGAACUUCAAGCUACAAAAUCUAAGAAACCUAUAAUGCUUCCGAUUACAUUCAUGGAUGGUAAUACUAAGACGCUGCUAGCUGAUUCGGCUACAACGGCUAGAGAGUUGUGUAAUCAAUUGUCCGAUAAAAUAGGAUUACGUGACCAGUUUGGAUUUUCACUGUACAUAGCUUUGUUCGACAAAGUCAGUUCAUUGGGCAGCGGUGGUGAUCACGUAAUGGACGCAAUAUCACAAUGCGAACAAUAUGCUAAAGAACAGGGAGCACAGGAAAGAAAUGCACCGUGGAGAUUAUUCUUUAGAAAAGAAAUAUUUGCUCCAUGGCAUGACCCUACUGAAGAUCAAGUUGCAACAAAUCUUAUAUAUCAACAAGUUGUCAGAGGAGUCAAAUUUGGUGAAUAUAGAUGUGAUAAAGAAGAAGAUUUAGCUAUGAUUGCUGCCCAACAAUAUUAUAUCGAGUAUGGACAAGAUAUGAACACAGAACGCCUUUAUACAUUGUUACCCAACUAUAUACCAGACUAUUGUUUAACAGGUGUUGAAAAAGCCGUAGAUCGUUGGGGUUCGUUGGUGGUGCAGGCUUAUAAAAAAAGCUAUUAUGUCAAAGAAAAAAUUCCUGCAUACAGAGUCAAAGAAGAUGUUGUUAGUUACGCAAAAUUUAAGUGGCCGUUAUUGUUCUCAAGAUUUUACGAAGCAUAUAGAAAUUCAGGUCCAAAUUUACCUAAAAAUGAUGUAAUUAUUGCUGUGAACUGGACUGGCGUGUAUGUUGUAGAUGACCAAGAACAAGUUUUGUUAGAACUUUCAUUCCCCGAAAUCACAACAGUAUCAAGUCAAAAAACCAAUAAAGUAUUUACACAGACAUUCAGCUUAUCGACAGUUCGAGGUGAAGAAUUUACAUUCCAAAGUCCAAAUGCAGAAGAUAUAAGAGAUCUUGUAGUAUAUUUCCUUGAAGGAUUAAAGAAGCGAUCAAAGUUUGUAAUCGCUUUGCAAGAUUAUAAAGCACCUGGAGAAGGUUCCAGUUUCUUGACGUUCCAAAAAGGAGAUCUAAUAAUUUUAGAAGAAGAUAGUACAGGUGAAUCUGUUUUGAAUAAUGGUUGGUGCAUUGGACGUUGUGAGAGGACAAUGGAACGAGGUGACUUCCCAGCGGAAACAGUAUAUGUUUUACCUGCAUUAACGAAACCUCCCCCGGACAUACUGAAUUUAUUCUGUAAAGAAGGUGCACAGCAUGGUCGGCGUAUACCAGCGACUACAUUCAAUGGAACAGAGACUAGAGAUAAACCACAUACAUUACUCGAAUAUGCAUUAGACCACUUCAGACUACCACCUAAACGAACAGUAUCCAAAGCCCUCACAUUGUCCACAGCAAAACGUGGAGGUGCAGAAGAGUUAUGGCGACAUGCUAGGGAACCUAUAAAAUUACCCUUAUUAAAAAAGUUGCAAACUAAAGAAGAGUUGGCUGAUGAAGCUUGCUUCGCAUUUACAGCGAUGUUAAAGUAUAUGGGCGACUUACCUUCAAAGCGACCGCGGAUAGGCAACGAAUAUACGGAUCACAUUUUUGAUGGUCCCUUAAAACACGAAAUAUUACGAGAUGAAAUAUAUUGUCAAAUUAUGAAACAAUUGACUGAAAACAGAAAUAGAAUGUCCGAAGAAAGAGGCUGGGAACUGAUGUGGUUAGCUACCGGCUUGUUUGCCUGUAGUCAAGGUUUACUUAGAGAAUUAACGUUGUUUUUAAGGACUAGGAGAUAUCCAAUUGCUCAAGACUCUCUACAGAGACUUCAGAAGACUUUGAGGAACGGGCAAAGGAAGUAUCCCCCUCAUCAAGUUGAAGUAGAAGCUAUUCAACAUAAGACAACUCAAAUAUUUCACAAAGUGUAUUUCCCUGAUGACACAGAUGAAGCGUUCGAAGUCGAUUCCUCUACAAGAGCAAAAGACUUUUGUCAAAAUAUUGCACAGAGACUGAAUCUCAGAUCUAGUGAAGGAUUAAGUUUAUUUGUUAAGAUAGCUGAUCGAGUAAUAUCAGUGCCUGAAGGCGAUUUCUUUUUCGAUUUUGUUCGCCAUUUAACAGAUUGGAUAAAAAAAACACGACCCACUCGCGACGGAGUUACAGCACAAUUUACAUAUCAGGUAUUUUUCAUGAAAAAAUUAUGGACUAACACUGUACCGGGAAAAGAUAGAGCUGCAGACGUGAUCUUCCACUUCCAUCAGGAGCUUCCUAAGCUGCUGCGAGGGUACCAUCGUUGCGGGCGCGAAGAAGCCGCACGACUCGCCGCACUAGCUUAUCGUGCCAGAUUUGGAGACAAUAAACAAGAACUACAAGCUAUACCACAAAUGCUGCGAGAGCUUGUACCAGCGGAUUUAAUAAAACUUCAAAGUUCAGCAGACUGGAAACGAGCAAUUGUCGCCUCGUAUAAUCAGGACGCUGGUAUGACUCCAGAAGAUGCGAAGAUAACCUUCCUGAAAGUAAUAUACCGAUGGCCCACAUUUGGAUCGGCUUUCUUCGAAGUUAAACAGACUACGGAACCGAACUAUCCGGAACUAUUGUUAAUAGCCAUAAACAAACAUGGAGUCAGCUUGAUUCAUCCACAGACAAAGGAUAUAUUGGUAACGCACCCAUUUACCAGAAUAUCAAACUGGUCAUCCGGUAACACAUACUUCCAUAUGACGAUUGGGAACCUAGUCCGCGGCUCGAAGCUUCUCUGCGAGACAUCGCUUGGUUACAAAAUGGACGACCUUCUCACUUCAUACAUAUCUCUGAUGCUUACCAACAUGAAUAAACAACGAUCGGUGCGCGUUAAGUGAACACCAAGCUUAUAAUAAACUGCUUGGUCUGUUUCUAAACAUAUAGACAAUGUUCUUUUGGUUGUUAUUGUACUAAUUAUAUAAUUUAAAC